AUGCUUGCUCUUAAUGUGAGUACAACGACGGCCCCUGAAGUCACUGCUCCUCCUGGUGGGUACUUCGAAGCGGUCACUGAAGCCACUGCUCCUAAUAGUGGUUACUACGAAGCCGUCACUGAAGUCACUACUUCUCCUGGUGGGUACUUCGAAGCCGUCACUGAAACCACUGCUCCUCCUGGUGGGUAUUACGAAGCGGUCACUGAAGUCACUACUCCUCCUGGUGGGUAUUACGAAGCGGUCACUGAAGUUACUGUUCUUCCUGGUGGGUACUACGAAGCCAUCACUGAAACUCUGAUUGUCUUCACCCUGGCGACGACUCUAGUCAGUAGUGUGGUGGUGUGUGCUACACCGUGGGUCAAGAGGCCAAUUUCUCCAACCGUGAGGCUCUCUCUCUCCUUGGCAGCCGCCAAUACGCUCUUCGCCAUCACUUGGACUCUCUGUUUGGUGGGGAAUAUGUACCUACCGAUGGUGAAGAAGGUAGAGGUGCCAGAGUGCCUCAAACUCUCCCUAGAGGUAAUGCGCCUUUGUAGCAUUCUCAUUCAAAUCCUUCAUCUCCUGGUAGUGGCUCUCAACCACUACAUUGGGAUCAUCCGACCGCUCCAUUACGCGGCCACCUUUACCCCUACCACACUUAAGGCCAUCCUCGCUAUCCUCUGGCUCACUCCUCUGGUGGGAAUGUUUGUGGUGUUCUCUAGUGUGUCACAAGAAGGCUUCCAGUCCACAGGCUGCUCCAGAGUCACAUUUUAUACACAGGGUCUUACGUUCCGUGUGGUGUGGACCUGCAUCUUCUUUGGGCCGACUGUAGUUAUUAUCAUCGUCUACUGCCACAUCUUUCAUCUCCUGAAUAAUCGUAGCCUCUACCUGGUGUGUCCGGAGCAGCGGUCACAUCUCAGAAGAAAUAUCAAGACAGUGAGGACGACGGCACUGAUCGUGGGGACGUUCGUGGUGGGGUGGGGCCCAGCUGUGGUGAAGUUCGUGUUGAUAUGUGGGGAGUGUGUCUUCCAGGAGAUGGACCUCCACACCCAGAUGUACCUGGGAGCGGGAUUCAACACCCUCUUCUCCCUCAAGGUCUUCAUCGACACCUUCAUCUACGCCAUUCGUCUCCCUGACAUCCGUAAGGCGCUCCUGACAAUGUGGGUUAUCUUCAGAGAUCGUCUCAAAACAAGAGACCCCGGACUGGUGGAUACAUCAGCUGUGUCCUCCUCUCGCACCGGCUCCACUAGACUAUCCUACAGCUCUCCUAGUAUACAUAGGUGA